UUCAAGUAGGUGACGCGGGGCAGGUGGACGGGGUGUCGGUAGCUUUAGUGGAUACAGCACAUGUGUUGCGGGUGCUGCGGGUACGCGGUCGAGGAGUCUGCUUUUGCCCUGUGAGAGCCCUAGUCAAGUGGGUGUGUCCCCCUAGCCAGCACUGUCUGCAGGUGUGCACCGAUGCGUCGAGGAGUCGAGUCGAGUCUACCGACGACAGGUAGUAGGGCGAUGGCUGGCAUGCAGGAGCCCGAGAGGACGGAGAGUAUGCGCGUGCGACCUGGAACUGCCUUUACUUUUGUUCCCACUAUCGCCCUAGCUCUAGCUGCAACUUCAAGUUUAUUCGAGUAUCGUGGUCGAGGACGGGAAGAAAGUCAAGCGAGGGCCUGGGCGACAGUCAGCAACGAGUUGCGGAACGUGAAAGGGGCCGGCGCUAUAGGCGACUGUUGUACAACAUUGAAGCGCGGCCACGACACUGGAACAAAGAGGGAGGGUUGUUCAAGGCUUUACUUACCCAUGCGCAGGCCGCCGACACGGCGAGGUUGUCUGAAGCCGGAGAGAGGGACAAAGACCAGGCAGACACAGUGUGCGGUACAAAGGUGCUGGGCGCGGAUGGGCAGCGGAGACCAAUUCAAUAGAUCGUGGGACCGAGUGUGGAGCUAUUUGUGGCUCAUCAGCGGCGUGCGUUCCUGACUAUACUAUGGUAGUCUUAGUCGCCCGUUACAAGAGCGAGGGCCGUUGUAGGGUAGUAGUAGUGAAUGCGGCCGACGGUUUGCGCACUACACGAUUACGCGCUGCCG